AUGGCCUCAGGCUUCGACGGCAAAAACAGUCCCCAGGGAAUGCUGACGGGAUCCAGGGGAGAAGCCGGAGCCAGAGGAGCCCCAGGACCCAACGGAUCUCCAGGUCAAGCUGGACCUCAGGGAGCUCCUGGAGAUGUGGGGGAUCCCGGACACAUGGGCCCGUCUGGUCAGAGAGGCCCCGAGGGACCUCCUGGAAAACCUGGGGAAGACGUGAGUGUAACACACACCUCUCAGAACGCUCUGAUCUGUGACAUCAUCAACUGUGACAUCAUCGACUCUGCACCGCCCCCCCCCCCCCCCUCACACUGUGGAGCCCCCCUCACACUGUGGAGCCCCCUCACACUGUGGAGCCCCCUCACACUGUGGAGCCCCCUCACACUGUGGAGCCCCCCUCACACUGUGGAGCCCCCUCACACUGUGGAGCCCCCUCACACUGUGGAGCCCCCUCACACUGUGGAGCCCCCUCACACUGUGGAGCCCCCUCACACUGUGGAGCCCCCUCACACUGUGGAGCCCCCUCACACUGUGGAGCCCCCUCACACUGUGGAGCCCCCCCCCUCACACUGUGGAGCCCCCUCACACUGUGGAGCCCCCUCACACUGUGGAGCCCCCUCACACUGUGGAGCCCCCUCACACUGUGGAGCCCCUCACACUGUGGAGCCCCCUCACACUGUGGAGCCCCCUCACACUGUGGAGCCCCCCUCACACUGUGGAGCCCCCCCCCCCUACACUGUGGAGCCCCCCUCACACUGUGGAGCCCCCUCACACUGUGGAGCCCCCCUCACACUGUGGAGCCCCCUCACACUGUGGAGCCCCCUCACACUGUGGAGCCCCCUCACACUGUGGAGCCCCCUCACACUGUGGAGCCCCCCUCACACUGUGGAGCCCCCUCACACUGUGGAGCCCCCCUCACACUGUGGAGCCCCCCUCACACUGUGGAGCCCCCUCACACUGUGGAGCCCCCUCACACUGUGGAGCCCCCCUCACACUGUGGAGCCCCCCUCACACUGUGGAGCCCCCCUCACACUGUGGAGCCCCCCUCACACUGUGGAGCCCCCUCACACUGUGGAGCCCCCCUCACACUGUGGAGGCCCCCUCACACUGUGGAGCCCCCCUCACACUGUGGAGCCCCCUCACACUGUGGAGGCCCCUCACACUGUGGAGCCCCCCCCCCCCUCACACUGUGAAUAUUCUCUUUAUUCUGAUUUCAGGGAGAAGCAGGAACAUCAGGAAACCCCGGAGAGAAAGGCUUCCCCGGAUCAGCCGGAUCGCGGGGGUUUCCUGGUACACCUGGACCUCCAGGACUCAAAGGACACAGAGGACACGGAGGACUACAGGGACAGAAGGGAGAGACCGGCACUCUGGGAUCAAAGGGGGCGACAGGUCCCUCUGGUCCCAUGGGAGCUCCUGGACCAAUGGGCCCCGCUGGUAUGCCAGGAGAGAGAGGCCGCCCAGGACCAGGUGGAGUCCAGGGAAAACGUGGUCCGUCUGGAAACAUGGGGAAGUCUGGACCAAUGGUGA